UGGAUACAAUUCACUCAUCACUCAUGAGAAAAGUGAUUCACUAUAAAACAAGAAGCCAUUGGCUAUUGGUGCUCAGAAGUCAGAACCUUCAUUCUAAAAUGGCAGCUAUUGAUGCAACGUCAGGAUAUGACCGAGUGAAGGAAGUGAAAGAAUUCGACGAGUCUAAGAUCGGAGUUAAAGGCCUCUCCGAUGCCGGCAUCACUUCCAUCCCUCAAUUCUUCGUCCACGACCCCAAAACCCUCUCCGACCUCAAACCCUCGUCCAAAUACACUGCCGCCACCCUCCCCACUAUCGAUCUUUCAGACAUCAACUCGGUUACUCACCGUGCCAAAAUUGUUGAGCAGAUCAAUCUCGCCGCGAAAACAUGGGGUUUCUUCCAAGUAAUCAACCACGGCGUACCCGUUUCGGUACUCGAUGAGACGUUGAAGGCUGUUAAAGCGUUUCACGACCAGCCCCACGAGGUGAAGGCGAAGUACUACAAGCGAGAAGAGGGAAAGGGCGUCAUGUAUGCCAGCAAUAACGACUUGUACCGUACAAAGGCGGCGAGCUGGCAUGACUCGUUGCAGGUCUGGAUGGGCCCACAGCGUUCCGAGGCGGAGGAGAUCCCUGAGAUGUGCAGGAAUGAGGUGGUUGCUUGGGAUUUUCAUGCAACCAAGGUGGGUGAAACUGUGAUGGAGUUGCUUUCAGAAGGGUUAGGGUUGGAAGCCGGGAAGUUCAAGGAGCUUACGUUUUCGGAUGCGAGGGUGAUUGUUGGGCAUUGCUAUCCCUAUUGUCCUCAACCCGAUCUCACAGUGGGGAUUACAUCGCAUACUGAUCCUGGGAUAGUGACAGUUCUUUUGCAGAACCAUGUACCUGGGUUGCAAGUUAGGCAUCAAAAUGAGUGGGUGGAUGUCAAGCCUGUGCCUGGAGGUUUGGUUAUCAACAUUGGAGAUCUUCUUCAGAUAAUCUCCAAUGGCGAGUAUAAAAGCGUACAACAUCGUGUGUUGGCCAACUCUUGGAAGGAAUCCCGAAUUUCGAUUGUCAUGUUUUUGAACCAAGGAAAGUGGAAAGAAGAUGGUUACUGUGGACCUCUCCCUGAGCUUUUAUCAUCUGAGAAACCACCAGUCUAUCGUAAUUUCACAGUGCAAGAAUAUGUUGAAAAUUUCUACAGCAAGGGACUAGACAGCAAAUCUCUUAUUGAAAAAAUCACAAUAAAGAAGCAUAACUAGGGAAAAAAUGGAAUCAGCGUCUUGUGUACUGUUAAAGGGUAACAAAUAAUCGAGUGUAUUAUUAGAUUGUUAUAGCUUCUCUUAGCAUGUUAAUUUGUAAUAAACAUCCUGAGAUUUCUUGAAUGUAUUGGAGGGAGGGAGACUGCCUUUACUUUUUCUUAAA